UGCAUCGCUGAGGGAAACCACUGAACAAACUCACCUUCCGCGUCUAUGUUUUUCACUUUUCCUGAGGACUCGACUAAAACAUGAACAACUGCUAAUUAUUUGACGUUGAUGGUGAAAAACCAAACCCUGUGUGUGUGUGGAGGAGGUGAACCCGCAGCAGAGCUGAGCACGCACGAUUUUUAGAUGCAGCUUAAAUCAAACACACAUGGAUGCCAGGAGGAAGAUAUCCUAUGAUGCUGCCGUCUUCAGUUCACUCGGCUUCAGCACCAAAUAGUCACGUCAGUCACCUGAGCAGAUACAAAAGCUGCCAUUACAACACGCCUGAAGAAGACGAUGAGACCAUGAGCAUCAAGGAGCAAGAAGUCAGGGUUGUCACCAUGAUGGACUCCACCUCAAAACAUGAUGGCCAGCGCCCUCUAGCAGAGCACGCCACCUUCGCUGACGACUCCCUGUUCAGCAGACAGAGUCUGGACACAGAGCACGAACACUUACACAACCACAGACCUCUGUCUGUGCCCGGCCCGAGCUAUUUCUCCUACCGGCAUCCUCACAGUUUGCCGGCUGGGUACAAUCAGCCCACUCCGUUUCCCAGCCAGGUUGAAGGGCAGUGGUCGCACCCGAGCUGCGCCAGCAGCUGCUCGGUGUAUCCCAACAGCCUGUCGUCGUACACUGGCCAGAAAGAUUACUCCAACUUCUCUGGAGAGAGCUGCCACUCCAGGUACAAGUGCACCACUAUGAGCAGCCUAGAGCAGCCGCUCUCAUUACGCUCCAACCCGCCUUCGGCCGACUUGCGUCACCACACCUUGUCUCCGUACGCAUGCUCGCCGCAGGGAGCAGCCUGCUGCGCUCAGUGCCAUGUAGACACCUUUACCAGGGGGAUCAUGGUCCACAAACCCCCCGGACCCCAGUACCACCCAGGGCACAGCCCGUACUAUCCGGGUGACUGCAGACUUCAAGGAGUUGGACACACACAGACUGGCCACAACUCUCCAGCUAAAGAGAAGCACCCUCCUUACAGCACACUGCUGUCUCUGGAGCAGAGGAGGGUGUUUGUCACCUACGAAGCUGACAACGACAAGCACGUCAAUGAGGUCAUCAACUUUGUCGCCCUGCUGCGACACAACGGCUUUGAUACGCAUAUUGACAUUUUUGAGCAGCAGUUCAGGAGCAUAAGCAAGAUCGACUUCAUGGAGCGAUACCUCAGUGAGAAAGAAUACCUGAUCAUCAUCAUCAUCAGUCCCAAGUACUACGAGACCGUGACAGCUUCCCCUGUCAGCCUGGAGAACGACGAAAGGACCUUCAACACCGUCUACAUACACAAACAGCUCCAAAAUGAGUUCAUUCAGAAUGGAAGCAAGAAUUUCAGGUUCAUUCCCAUUUUGUUCCCCGGGGCUAAAAAGUGUCACAUCCCCAACUGGCUUCAAAACACCAACGUGUACGCUUGGCCACGUGACAGGGACGACAUUCUGCGGCGGCUCAUGAGGGUCGAGAAGUAUAACCCACCUCCGAUCGGGGAGCUGCCAACCAUUGUUUCCAUCCCCAUAUAGAGACCUCGGACCUGGACUGAAAUCCAAAACUUUCUCUCUCGACAGCUCCAGGUCAUUUUUCCAGGGGAGUGGGGAUCCAUCAUAAAUGUACAGGAUUGUUUUUUUUAUUUUACUAUGUGACUGUGUAGAUUGUAUAUUGUUGUAAUGUGUCGGGUGCUGUGUGAACUUUUCUCCUGGGAUGUGUUGCAGAAGUGUAAUUAGUUCUUUUAGAGUCCUUGCAGAAAGUGUAAAAUUGAGACUUUUAACAAGCUUCUUUGUCUUUGUUUGUUUCUUUGUCAUUUGAAGAAAUGUUUGAAUGAAAGAUUUGUUUUUAUGUUUUAUUGGGACGCACACUCGCUCAUGUGCUACUAAUAAAUCCAGAAAUCUCUGUA